UAUUUAUAUUUGAGAAGAAGAAGCAAGCGUAAAAGCCCAUGUAGCUGAUUAUUUGCCAAACAAUACUAAUUUAGAUAGUAAAAUAUUCUAACAAGCACAAGUAAUUUAGCCAAAAUGGAUAUACAAAAGUAUACAUUACAAUCAAUUCGACAAGAUUUGAUUGAUAACAAUUUGCAAGUUAAAGCUAUAAUACAGGAUAUUUUAACAUAUCGUGGUAAUAUACAUGAAUUGGAGGCAUUAAAUGAAGCUGGUCGCUCCAAGCUAGCAGCACUGCGUAAAAGUAUACAACAUCUCGAUGAUUGGGCACGAGACACUGGCGAUGCUGAGUUGUGUAAAGAGGUUGACUCCCACAGAGAUCAAUUUUCGAAAACAUUACAAGCAUUUCGCAUAGCUAAUAUUGCGACUCGCAUCGAAAUAGAGAAGGCUAAUCGGGAGGAGCUUAUGGCCAUAACGGGUGAAAGUGAUUUGCGACAACGUCAUACUGGCAUGACAUCAGUGCAUAAUCGUGGCAGUAUGGUGUCACAAGAAAAUAAUGUAACAGAAAAAAUGUUAGCCAUAUCACGACAUCUAUCAGAAACUACACAAAAAAGUGCUAUUACACUUGAAACAUUGGUAGCGUCAUCACAAAAUGUAGAAGCAACACGAGAUGAACUACACAACACGGCCGGAUCGAUUUCUCAGUCCGGAAAGUUGUUAAAGAAAUAUGGGCGCCGGGAGUGUACGGAUAAAAUGUUGUUAUUCUUUGCAUUUGCUUUUUUCUUGGCUUGUGUCUUAUAUAUUGUGCAAAAACGUUUAUUCUAAAUUUGAUUUUAUGUUUGAUUACAAUUAAGAAUGACAAAGAGUAUGUGGUUAAUGCAUACAAAUUGUUUGUUAAAAGUUUGUUUAGGGAAUCUAAAUUUAAG